AUGUAUCCAAACGGACAAGCAUAUCUAGCAAGGCCCGAUGCCCCCGAAGGCUCGACAAGGUUUCCCCAAGCUCGGCUUGCACCCAUCUCCGACCAUCGCACCAUCUACGUAUCCGGCACAGCAUGUUGCCGCCCCGAUGGCACUUGGCCCGGCGUCACUGAGAAUUCAGACGGUACGUGGAUACUGGACAUUCAGCAGCAAACGGCGGCCGUUCUCGAGAAUAUCGACAACAUCAUCAAAGGCGCAACAGAUGGCAAAGGCGGCAUUCACAACCUGAUCGAUGCUGUCGUGUACAUCUUGGACAUGGAAAGCCAAUACGCUGGCAUGAAUGAGGAGUGGAACAAGGUAUUCAAGACUAGAGAGAGUGCACCGGCUAGAGCUACCAUUGGCGUUAGGGAGCUACCUGAUGCCCGAAUGAUUGUUGAAGUGAAGGCUGUUGCGGUUGUUGAUUUCUAG